GUUACAAACCGCCAUUAAACCGCAGAAGAGGACGAUUUCCAUGCUUGUAUGUUGGCACGUAGUAAUCACAGUUUUGUAUUUCUCAUGGUUUUAACAAGUUAAUUAACAAAGGUGCGAGGGGUGAAAUGUCUCGAUUAAUCAUCAAGAAUCUCCCGAACGGGAUGAAGGAGGAGAGAUUCCGCGGAAUGUUCUCUGCAUUUGGGACUGUGACAGAUUGUGGCCUGAAGUUCACCAAGGAUGGAAAGUUUCGCAAGUUUGGCUUUGUGGGUUUUCGAACAGAAGAAGAAGCGGAGAGAGCUAUGAAACAUUUCAAUAAGAGCUUUGUGGACACCUCCAAAGUGACGGUGGAAUGGUGCAAGUCCUUUGGUGACCCCACUAAGGCCAAGGCCUGGAGCAAGCACACCCAACAACCCAAGCCUGACUGCAAUCACAAACAGUAUCUGGAGGAAUCAAAAAUGGACAAGAAGAAUAAAAAGAAAGAUGUUCCAGCUCUUCUUGGACAGUUGGAACAGGAGGAAGGCUUCCAGGAGUUUGUCGCUGUUCACCAGAACCGCACCCAGGUUCCCACAUGGGCUAAUGACACACUCACUGAUGGAGCUGUUCCUAGCAAUAGCAGGGAGGGACAGAAGAAAAGGAAGGAGACAAAGAAUCAAGCAAUCAUUGAAGACUACCUCAACUUUGACUCAGACCACUCUGUCGACAUGAGCCCAGAUGAGGAUGAAGAGGACGAGGCAGAUAGAAAAAGGCCUACAAAGGAGGCUCUGAAGACUACCCUGUCAGAUAUGGAUUACCUGCGCUCCAAGGUGGUGACAAUUUCAGGAGAGAACAACGAAGGAGAUGCUAAUGCUGAUGGUUGUGAUAAACCUGACGACAAUAGAGAGGAGAAGCACAGCAAAACAUCAAAGCAAGAGAUGGAGCCUACCACAGAUUUCACUGUGAAGCUCAGAGGAACUCCGUUCAAUGUCAAGGAGCAACAAGUAUGUGAAUUUAUGGCACCACUGAAACCUGUGGCCAUCCGUAUUGUGAAGAAUACCCAUGGCAACAAGACAGGGUAUGUGUAUGUGGACUUGUGUUCUCAGGAGGAGGUGGAUAAGGCCCUACGAAAGAAUAAGGACUAUAUAGGGGGCCGUUAUAUUGAAGUUUUCCAAGCCAGUGGUGUCAGCAACGGCAGGAAAGGGACUGGGAUGAAGAAGCAGGACACUCAGCUGCAAACAUUCCAGCGGGUGCUAAAAGAGGAUGAAGAGGAGGAAGAUGUGUCUGAGUCUGGCCGACUCUUUGUCAGAAACCUGCCCUACACCUGCACUGAGCAGGAAUUGACCGACAUUUUCACUAAGCAUGGUCCUUUGUCGGAGGUGCACUUCCCUAUUGACAGCUUGUCUAAGAAGCCCAAAGGCUUUGCCUUCAUCACCUACAUGAUGCCAGAACAUGCUGUGACAGCACUAGCUGACCUAGAUGGGCACAUCUUCCAGGGGCGCAUGCUGCACAUCCUGCCUUCCACAGUGAAAAAGGAGAAGUCUGAUCAGAGCCCUUGUACCCCAGGCUCCUCUUCCUACAAGAAGAAGAAAGAUGCCAAGCUCAAGGCAGGCAGUACCAGUGCGCACAAUUGGAACACAUUAUUUCUGGGGGUUAAUGCAGUCGCUGACGCCAUUGCUGAAAAAUACAACACCACAAAGAGCCAUGUGCUUGACCAUGAAUCUCAAGGGAGUGUGGCUGUGCGGAUGGCUCUUGGUGAGACCCAGAUUGUCCAGGAGACUCGGCAGUUUCUUCUGGACAACCACAUCUGCCUAGACUCCUUCAGCCAGGCUUCAGGCCCUCGCAGUACCUCAGUCCUGCUGGUGAAGAACCUUCCGGCAGACAUCCAGGUCUCUGAGUUGGAGGCCCUAUUCUCACUCCAUGGCUCCCUGGGCCGUGUCCUUCUGCCCCCCUCUGGCCUGACUGCCAUCGUGGAAUACUUGGAGCCUACUGAGGCAAAGCGGGCCUUCACUAAACUGGCUUACACCAAGUUCCAGCAUGUUCCUCUGUAUUUGGAGUGGGCUCCAGUGGGCAUCUUCUCUGCACCCCUUCCCUGCAAGGCAGAGAACCACCCUGCAGAAAGUGGGCCAGAGUCCCAUAAUGCAGUCUCUGCUGCUGAACAGUUCAGUGAUGAGGAGAGUGUGCCAGGCUCCACACUCUUCAUAAAGAACCUCAACUUCAGCACCACUGAAGAGACUCUCAGGGAGGCCUUUUCCAAGUGCGGUGCUGUGAAGAACUGUACAAUCUCCAAGAAGAAAGACAAAAUGGGUCAACUGCUGUCAAUGGGCUAUGGCUUUGUGGUGUACAAGAGCCCCCAAGUAGCACAGACGGCCUUGAGACAACUUCAGCACUGCACUGUGGAUAACCACCAGCUGGAACUGAAGAUCUCAGAGAGAGCCACCAGACCCGCCACAGUCAGCUCUCGCAAGAAGCAGACAGCCAAGAAGCAGACCUCCUCAAAAAUCCUGGUGCGCAACAUCCCCUUCCAGGCCACUGUUCGGGAGCUGCGGGAGCUCUUCAGCACAUUUGGGGAGCUGAAGACUGUGCGCUUACCCAGGAAAGUUGGUGGGACAGGGUCACAUCGGGGGUUUGGGUUUGUGGAUUUCCUCACCAAACAGGACGCCAAGAAAGCUUUUACUGCUCUGUGCCAUAGUACCCAUCUUUACGGCCGGCGUCUAGUUCUGGAGUGGGCUGAUUCAGAGGAGACUGUAGAAACUCUCAGAAGGAAGACAGCCCAACACUUCCAUGAUGCACCUAAGAAGAGGAAGCAGUCAGAGGUGUUGGAGGGGAUCCUGGAGGGCUUAGAGAGGGGAGAAGAGGAGAACUGAAGGAAAGAAGCAUGACGACAGGAAUAUAUUUACAGACCUAAAAGAACAGUUUGGUUUUAGGGCCUGCUUUAGUGGAAAUUUUGCAGAGAAUUGAAUAAAGCAGGCAAAUCAUGUGUGCAUAGCAGUUGUCAUUGGAAAUUUAAUGGUUUUACAACUGUACAGUUUAUAACUUUUGGAUAGUAAUGCUUUGUAAAUGUUUUUAAUUUUUAUUUUUCCACCAGUGAUGUGACCAGUUUCAUGGUGUGUGAGCACAGUAUACUGCAGUGCAAUAUCAGGUCAUAUUUGCAACUGAAUUUGUCCCGUUUAAGCAGAUUUUAAAUUUAAUUUAAUGUAUAUUUCUCUAAGAGAAUCUUAUGUCAUAAUUUACAUUUUUUGAAAAGCGUGUGAUUCAUUCAUGUUUCUUGUGUCAUUUGAAAACCCAGUUCUUGUUGUUCUAGCAAUAGCAUCAUGCAAAGCUGUUUAUGCCAUGAAAAGAAUAGUAAAAUAUGAUAUGCAAAGUCUCCAAAAGCCAUUUACAAUCACAAAAAUAAUUUAACAUUGCAAAACUAGAGCAGGGAGAGUUUCAUGGAAAACGGUAUAAGGCAAGCACUGUUCUCAAUGUUUUUGAAGUAGCAGUCAGUAACAGAACUAGCAGUUUUUUAAAAAUUGUUCUGUAUGCAUUUCAUUGCCUGUGACUUUAAAGCUGUUUGAGUAUAUUUGUUGGUUAUUUCCCCAUUUAAGUCAAAGUCAUAUGGAAUUCUAUGCUUUUGCUCCUUUGUCUCCUUUAUUGCGCUUUAUUGCAGGUGUUUAAGCUGUUACCUGAUGACCAACUGCUGCAGUAGAAAGACUUUAUGCAGGAUAUAAUUAUAUUUGGUGAUUUAA